AUGCCACCACUUACCUUUAACUCCAUUAAUCGAAGCAUUGAUGAUCGCUUUUACGAUAUUCACACCUCAGAUACCAUGAGAUCCAGCACACUCUCUGUCGUUGCCCUCGGAGGACUUGUAUCUGCUCAAUACGAUGUUGACCCAAACGAUGUGAACAAUGCCGUCGCCAACAUCUCAUCUUGCCAGAGCAUCACCUGCAACAUGCCCUUUGACACCAUCUGCACAAAAAAUUCCGAACCAGGAACGGCCUCCACUGUGGGCAUCGUAGCCGACGCGAUCACAGUUAGCCCAAGCGAAGCAUCAAUCGCAAACCUUUCGUUCACACUCGUCACAGGGAUGAGUGAUCCAGGUUACAAAAGUCUUGCAAGCGAUCAGUACGAAUUUGCCGAUGCACAGCUUUUCGUGGGUCUCAGCCGCAGCCUCAAGACAGACUACUACCCAACGGGCUGCGCCUUGAUGCUGCAGUACCAGGGGCAGACGUUCCCACUAGAGCAGUACCCAGGCAAUGUCACGAGGACAUCCGAAGCUCAGAACACGACUUCUUGCGAGGGCAUCCUGCACCCCCGCUGCCAAGCGGCACUCGCCGAGAUGAUUCUGAGAUUCCAGCCUACAUCAUCGCCUGAUCCGGACUCUUCACACGAGGCUUCCAGCAACUGCACACAACUGACCACGUACUUGAACACGCAACUGACAAAUAGCCGCGGUACGUGUGGACAAGGGUUUGGAACAUGGCUUGCAAGCUCGAUCAAAGUCAGCGGCGGAUCUUUACCUUCACCCGUAUCCUUGGACGACGCGCUCUCGAAUUCCCUCGGCGGCGACGGAUGCUAUCCCGUAUUACCUGAGGACUACCGACUCUUCAAGGUUGCAGAGACAAGACAUGUUUACUAUACCGAUCCGCCCACCGCCGACGCAGCCUUCUACAGCAAGACCGACGCCUUCUACAGCAAGACCGACGCCGGUCUGUCGGGCUGGACUCCAGUCAUUACUCUCUGGAACGACGAGGGUGGGGACUGGAAUGUUAGAGAAGCCACGAUCCAGUUCACGUGCUUGAGCACGCUUAAGACGAAUGGCGAGAAACCGGAAAGUCCGUAUGAGCAUAGCAGCGAUUCCGGUGCUUCGUCCAUAUGGAGGCGCUCUGCCUCGUAUGUUUUUGCGUCAUGGCUGGUGGGAUUCUGGCUUGUCAAAAUGAUUAUGAGUGGUGGGUAUUGA